GAUGUGUUGCGUUGCUCCGUUCUUUCGUUUCCCUAUUCUGGGGACAGUCAAGUCCCAGGCGGGAAUCCUUCGUCGAUCACAGUUCAUCCAACAGUAAGCCAAAAUGGAGGACGCUACGCAAGAUCACCACAAACAUAAAACUCGCAAGGAAGGUCGUGGUGCCAAGGAAAAAAAGAAAGACAAACGCCAACAGCUACAGAAUGAUCGUGUUGAGAGACACAAUCCGAGAGCUUUUUCGGUCGCCAAUAUCGGGCGGACUAAACGCACAAUACAGAGAAACGCUGAUCGAGCGCAAAAGAAAGAAUACGUACCGUUGAAUGAUCGACGGGCUGCGGAAGUACAUGAAACGCCUCCGUCCCUAGUGGUCGUUAUGGGGCCUUCCGGAGUCGGCAAGUCAACGCUCAUUCGGUCGCUUGUCAAGUUGUACACAAACUAUACGUUGACAACCGUCACGGGACCGAUUACCGUAGUUGCAGGCAAGAAUAAGCGUAUCACGUUCAUGGAGUGCCCGAACGAUACGGCCGCGAUGUUGGAUUGUGCCAAAAUCGCGGAUCUUGUUCUACUGUGCGUCGAUGCCAAAUUCGGUUUUGAAAUGGAGACUUUCGAGUUUCUCAAUAUCCUGCAAACACACGGAUUUCCGAAAGUCAUGGGCAUUUUCACCCAUUUGGACCAGUUUAGGACAGCCAAGAAUCUGCGAAAGACAAAAAAGCUGCUCAAACACCGAUUCUGGACCGAAAUUUACGAUGGAGCCAAAAUGUUCUACUUUUCUGGGGUUAUUAACGGAAAGUAUUUGAAGAACGAAUGCAAGCAGCUGACCUUAUUCAUUUCUAGAGUCAAAUAUCGACCUUUGGUCUGGCGAAAUACCCAUCCUUAUGUGCUCGUAGAUCGCCACGAAGAUGUUACCAAUCCCAAUGCAAUUGAAAUGGAUAAUUUGUGCGAUAGGAGCGUCACAUUUUAUGGCUAUGUAAGAGGGACACAUUUGAAACCUAAUAUGAAAGUUCACGUCAUUGGCGUAGGCGACUAUAUCAUGGCUGAUGUUAGUGUCUUACCAGAUCCAUGUCCCAUUCCGGACAAGGAACAGGAGCGUACUACUUUGAAAAAAAAGGACUCCUUACUAUUUGCUCCACUGUCCAACGUCGGUGCAGUUUCCUUCGACAAAGAUGCUGUCUACAUUGACAUCGGUCGCGUCAAUUAUACAAAAAAAGAAAAUCUCUCUUUGUCUUCACUAAUCAACAACACAAAUGGCACAGGGGGAAAAGAUGAGGAAACCGAUGUUAGUGAGGAAGGUGAAUACGACUCUGAUGCGCCAGCUGAUGUGCGUGUGGGCGUCGAUGAAAAUAUGGGCAAGUCGACGCUUCGGAUCUUCAAAGGAAGUCAGGCUGUUCAAGCAGGCUCCGAUAGUAGUGAUGAAGAAAGCGAUGGGGAAAACGAAAGCUCAGGUGGCGCCAGUGAUAAUCUUGGUACACGACUGAGAAGAAAGGCCGAGCUUGGCACUCAGAACGAAUCUACUGAUGAAGACAGUGACGGCAGCGAAGACGAUAAAAGCAGUUGCUCCUCUGGAGAUGUACCUGAUGAGGAUUAUUUGAUUGGAGAAGGAUCGUACAAUGAAUCAAGUGAUCAAAGCGCGGUAUCAGCGUCAAAUUUCCAGAAUAAGGAGAGUGGAAUUGAUUAUGAACCAGAUGGACGAGGGCUUCACUGGAAGUCGCGAAUUGCUGAAACAGCAUCGCAGUCUUUUUUGGAACGCCAGUCAGCCCAUGUGAACCUGCAGGAAAUGAUAUAUGGGAAGGGAAAGAGCUCUGUUGUGAGCGACGACGAUAUGAUGGAAGAAAGUGCGGAAAGAGAAGGCGGAGACUCAUCGGGUGAUGAUGACGAUGAUUUCUUCAAGUUGAAAAGGUCGGAUGGGAAGAGAAUGGCAAAAUCAGGGAGGACAGCUUCAAUCCGAAAUAAGUUCGUAACUGGAAAAUGGGAGAAAAGCAAAGUUGAAGAAUUUGGAGAAUUUGAAGAUCUUGAAACAGGAGAGAAGUUUGGACAGGCGGACGACUACGACGAGGAGAAAAAAGUCGAUGGCGCAGAUACUAAAGAUGAUGACGCGGAAAAUGAAUACAUCGAAGCAUUGAAGCGGGAAAAGGAGGCACGGCUUGCACGAAAUCGCGAAGAGUUCGGUGAAGAGGGUGAACGAUCGCGGUUACGACAUGAAGGCUUCAGGCAAGGGCUUUAUUGUCGUAUACAGAUUGAUGGACUGCCUGCGGCAUUCUUCGAAUCUUUCAACCCUCAUAUGCCUUUGGUACUGGGGGGCUUGACGCCGCAAGAAACGAGUAUGGGUCUGAUUCGCUGUCGUUUCAAAAAGCAUCGCUGGCACAGGAAGAUCCUUAAGUGCAACGAUCCGCUUGUUUUCUCUGUGGGUUGGCGCCGGUUUCAGAGUAUGCCCACGUUUUCAACGGAAGAUCAAAAUGGCCGUUACCGGUACUUGAAGUAUACGCCAGAGCAUAUGCACUGUUUGGCCACGUUCUACGGACCUCAGGUGCCUCCAAAUACUGGCAUACUUGCCAUCCAAAAUUUGUCAGGCAACGUAGCUGGAUUCCGUAUAGCGGCUACCGGCAUUGCCUUAGAACUGGAUGCAUCGUUUCCCAUUGUAAAAAAGCUCAAAUUGGUCGGUACUCCCACGAAAAUUUACAAAAACACUGCCUUUGUUACCGGCAUGUUUAACAGCGAUCUGGAAGUAAGCCGAUUUGAAGGAGCCAGCAUAAAGACUGUUAGUGGCAUUCGUGGUCAAGUGAAAAAGUCGCUACGGGAAGGACAGCCGGGAUCCUUUCGUGCUACCUUCGAAGACAAAAUAUUGCUUUCGGAUAUUAUUUUCUGCCGAACAUGGAUGCCGGUAGAAAUCAAAAAGUAUUUUAAUCCCGUGACGAACCACUUGGUUGGCAAUGUCUUAGGAGGUUGGCGUGGAAUGAAACCAAAGGCCCAGUUACAACAUGAAACGAAGACCCCGAUCGAAGUGAAUGCGGAUUCAAUCUACAAACCGAUUGAACGACCUGAUCGCCAUUUCAAGAAGCUCAUUGUACCGAAGCGACUAGAGCAAGCGCUGCCUUACAAAAAUAAGCCAAAGAAUUUGGAGAAACGAAAGAAGAAGGGUUACGUAUCAAACCGAGCUGUAGUUAUGGAGGCAGACGAACGAAAGAAAACUACCUUUAUUCAAGCCCUUAAUACUAUCCGUAAAGAAAAGGUAGCUAUCCGGAAGGCAAAGAAUGAAGAACGCAAGAGGGACAAAGCAAAAGAAAAAGCCAAGAAAGACGAAGCUAUCCUGGCCAUCCGCAAAGCAAACAAGAAACGCCAGUACCGCGCUGAAGGCAAACGAGACAAGGCUAGAGACUCUAAGCGCAUGCGAAAUGAUUAAAUGAAAAUUAAAUGCUUCAUUUAUUAAAUGCGUG